AUGGCUCCAACACAGUCUUCUGGAAUCGAUUCGGUUGUAAUAGUUGGCGCUGGGCCAUCAGGACUGCUUCUAGCCUUAUGCCUUGCAGACCUGGACCCGAGACCCGAGAUAACCAUACUGGAUGCAGCUGACACUUUGAACACCGCCCCACGAGCAACACAUUAUGGAACUCCAGCUAUCCAACUCUUCCGGAAGGUUGGCAUUCUGCCUGAGAUCAGACGGGAUGGCUAUAUUCCCUGGAACGUCUGCUGGAGAAAGCUAGAUGGAACGCGCUUGGCCGGGCUAGACUGGACUGCGAAUCAUGAGGAAGGUCUGGAAGGCGAUUUCAUUACCGUGUACGCCGUGGGCAAGAUGUGUGGACUGCUGGAGCGGGAGCUCAAAUCACGAGCCAACAUUAGCAUCCGAUGGGGAAGCAGAGUUACUGCUAUCAAAAGUGGCUUGGGAGCAGAAGAUCAAGUAGCUACUGUUCAGGUCGAGGAGAACGGGGAGACGAAGGAGUACUCGGCCGAUUAUGUUGUCGGUACCGAUGGCGGAAAUUCGACCGUGCGACAACUGGUAUUCGGCAAGCGUAACUUCCCAGGCUUCUCCUGGGAGGAGCAGAUCGUGGCUACGAAUACCGAAAUCGACCUCGAUCAGUUUGGCUGGGAGGACUCGAACUUCAUCAUCCAUCCAGAACACUUCUACAUGGCGGCACGAAUUGAACCCCAUCCUGAACCGAAGAAGAACGUCUGGCGAAUCUCCUAUGGUGAAGUCCCAGGUCUAUCGAACGAGGAACUCAUGGAACGACUGCCGAUGAAGUUCGAAAAAUUCCUUCCCGGCAACCCAAAGCCUGACGAGUAUCGCGUGCUCAAUAAGUCGCCAUAUCGUGUUCAUCAGCGAUGCGUCGACUCCAUGAGAGUCAAUCGUGUGCUGCUCGCAGCUGAUGCCGCUCACCUCUGCAAUCCAUUCGGUGGCAUGGGUUUGACGGGUGGCAUCGCAGAUAUUGCAGGCUUGUUCCAGUGUCUUGAGGGCAUGUACAAAGGGGAAGCCGAUCAAGAAAUUCUCACCACCUGGUCAGAUGUGCAGAGACAGAAGUAUCGGGACAUCAUCAACCCUAUCUCCACCGGCAACAUUCGGAGGCUUUUUGAUCAAGACCCAGAGAAGGUCAUGGAGCAGGAUGAGUUUCUGAUAACAUUGAAGAAGGCAGAGACAGAUCCAGAACUUACGAAGCAGCUCCUCAAUUCUGGCAAUGAUCUGAACUACGACUACUCCCAGCACUUCCGGAAGCGACAGAACGGCGGUGCUGUGCUUUGA